AUGCCAGGUAGUCAUUGUUCGUCAACGUCCAGUGUGCUUCAAAAUGCCAACGGUACCGGUGACCGACCGUCGGCUGGUAUCACCGAUCGUGAUCGUUUGAAAAUGGCCUCCAUCCUGUCUCGCUUCUCGUCUCCAACUCACCAACAACAAACAACCGCAAAGACAACAACCACAUCGUUAUUGAACAACUUCAGUGUGCGCAGCUCAGAACCGUCGUCAAUGGAACGUGUCAAAACUGAGGGUGAACGAAGUACCGUCGAGAAACGUUUCGCCUAUAAUUUAUUGGAGAAAUUAAUUCAGUAUUUGGAACAAGCAUCGGUAAAAAUGAAGACAGUGAAGCCGAGUCAAGAGUUGAGCCGUCGAAAUAGUUUUAAGAAAGAGGGACAAGAUGUGAAAUUCUUUGAAAAGUUUGUUCUGGUGACUACUGCUCAUGGAGUGUCAUUAGAAAGUCUUGAAAUAGGUCAGAAGAGAGUACGCCAUAUGAUCGAGCAAAAUGGGUCGAUGCUUAAGGUUAUUGAAGUUUUUCAGGUGGUCUUACCGUUGAUACAUGCAUAUUUCAAUGCGCAUCGCAGUUACUUUUUAGCAAGUAGCAGUACUGUGCAAACUGGAACCGCAUCGAAUAAAGAGAAGGAAAUGAUUGCUUAG